GUCUUCGCUUACAUCCUCCGGCGGGAGAUGAAGGAACCGGAAUGUCGUCACCUGUCCCGCAAGUUCACCGAGUGGGCCUACGGACCCGUCCACUCGUCGCUCUAUGACCUCUCCAGCAUCGACACCUGCGAGAAGAACUCCGUCUUGGAGAUCAUCGCUUACAGCAGUGAGACACCGAACCGCCACGAAAUGCUGCUGGUGGAGCCGCUCAACCAGCUCCUCCAGGACAAGUGGGACCGGUUCGUCAAGCACCUCUUCUACUUCAACUUCUUCAUCUACACGGUGCACAUUCUCAUCCUCACCGUAGCUGCCUACUACAGGCCCACCAAGAAACAAGGAAAGCCCCCGUUUACCUUUCAUUACACGAGCAGUGAGUAUUUGCGAGUCACCGGGGAAAUCCUGAGCGUGAUGGGAGGUGCCUAUUUCUUCUUCAGAGGGAUCAAGUAUUUCCAGCAGCGGCGUCCGUCUUUGAAAGCCAUCUUUACCAACAGCUACAGCGAGCUGCUUUUGUACGCAAGUCGGAGAU